AUGGCCGACGAGGACUCCCAUCUCUCUCUCCCAACGAAUCCGGCCCUCAGCCCGACCCCCUCACACUUCUACCCGUUCGCAACCUCACCAGAUGUCAUCCGGUCACACGAGAAAGAUGCAUUCCUCACCAGCAGUCUAGUCCAUCAAUCACAGGGCAUUGUUCGAGCCCUCCGCGGGGCCCGCUUCGCCCACACCUACUCCGACUCCAUCAAACACACCACCGAACUCCUCUACUUCUCUCUAACAACCGCCCUCGGCAAUCGCACCCUCGGCGAGGAAUAUUGCGAUCUAGUCCAGCUAGAAGACGACACAUUACAGUUACCGUCUAUCGGGCGCCGGGUGGGGUACAUUUUAAGCAGCAUUCUCGUGCCAUGGACACUCCAGCGUCUGCUGCCCGCACUCCGACAUCGGAUUCGUAACAAGCUGGAGCGCAAUGUCGCGCGUGAACAGCUCCGCGCAGCACAGCAGGCUGGCCUGCUGAACAAGCCCCAGCUUUCGGCGCCAGUGAAGAAGCCGUUCUUUACAAAGUUGCGCGUUCAGCAGUAUCUUCUUGAGCAUCUGGACUCCAUCACUUCUGUUUCACCCAUUUACGCCCUGAGUAUUGCGACUUUCUAUUUCACAGGGUCAUAUUACCAUCUUUCCAAGCGGAUCUGGCGUCUGCGGUAUGUCUUUACGAAGAAGAUAGAUGAUAAUGAGCAACGGAUUGGGUACGAAGUUCUGGGGGUGUUGCUCGUGCUGCAGAUUGCAGUUCAGGGAUUCCUACACGCUCGGAAACUAGCAACUAUUCCCGACGAAGAGGAAAAUUCGGAGGGCGAGUCUUCCUCGGGUGCCGUGCUUGCCUCGAUUCAGAAUCCCUCUGCUAUUCCUUUGCUUCCUGCUUCCAUGCCUCUUUAUGAUCUGGAAGAAAACCCCGGUGCUGUCUCGUGGAUCCCCGAAGGUCAACAGCGGAAGUGUACACUAUGUCUGGAGAUGUUCAAGGAUCCUAGUGUCACGACCUGCGGCCAUGUCUUCUGUUGGAUGUGUGUGAGGGAUUGGGUUCGAGAGAAACCUGAGUGCCCUCUUUGUCGUCAGGAAGUCUUGCUCUCCAAGGUUCUGCCUUUAAGAGGGUAA